AUGGAUACAACUAAAUCGUCUAAUCCAUUUGAUAGUUUAAAUCAUAAAAAAUCUUUUAAACAUCAACAACAAGUUCAUCAAGCGUCAGCAUUUCCAACAUCAAAUGAGACUAAUAGUAAUAUAAUGCCGAAAGAUACAAUAAACAAUAAUAAUACUAGUAGACGAUCAUUGAGAAAAAAAUUAAUAACACAACAAAGAAUCACAACAACACAAAAUGUAGAAUAUCCAGUUCAACAACAACAACAACAACAGUUGUUAUUAUUUAAACAUCUUUCGCCUGAUACAAAUCGAAAAGGAAAAGACGGAUUACAUGUAACAAACCAACAGGGCAUGGAGUUGAAAGGCGUUGGAACAUUGGGUUUGGCCAAACGGAAACAAUUUCUUCAAAAAAAAGAUAUUAGCAGAUCCCACGAGCGUUAUAGAACAAACUCCACAGAGGAUAUAAUGUCGUAUAAAUCGUUUCGUCUUGAAAAUAAUCGUAAUAAUUUAUUACUUUCGACAACUUCUACUACCACUACUACCAUCAAUACAACAACAAAUUCAGGAAGAAAUAUCACAUUGAAUGUGUCAAAUGCAUUCUUAAGUGCCAGUAAUACACCCUCAUUAUUGGACACAUAUACAUAUGAUACACGACGAUUAUCGAUAAAUCAACGACGAACAUCGAUUGUUAAUCAACGAAGAAAUUCGCAACUACGAAAAGCUAGUUUUACAACAUCAACAUUGGAUAAAAUCUUGUAG